UUAGACGGCCGGAUCAGAGCGUCUCCAAAACAGUAGGUGUUAUGUGGUAUUCCUAGUAUGUAGUACUUAGUACCUAUGAAUUACUUACUUAGUACCUAUGUAGCUCCAAUGAAAGACAACCGCUGAACCAGAGAUUGAACCGCUGAACCAGUGGUCAUGGACACCCAAAGCUCACUGUUACCCCUUUUCCACCGAGGCAGUUUGAGUGCUGGUUCGGAGCCAGAGCCUAAUUUAAAAUCAGUUCUUUCUUGUUCUGAACCAGGAAAAGUGGUUCUUAAGUAGCACCAAAACGUUGCUGGUCUAGACUUAAGAACCGCUUACGUUAGGGGCUGUGGGUGGGGCUACUGUUAGCGCAUUUGAUAAUGUACCUUUAGUAUACUAAUGUUUAAUACACUUUUACUUUACCGCAAUAUGAUUAAUUAUCAGCACACACUAAAGCUAACUUUUUUCAUGCUAAGGCUAACUUUUUUCUGUGUUAAUAAUAAAACAACAUUAUCUACCUUCUCGAUUACAACCUCCGUUUAUACAAAUUACAUGGAGCUCCACGUACAUGUUGGAUUAGCCGUGUUUGGAUGCCAAUGUAGGUUCACAAAGCCAUGAGCAUUAACAGUAAAGCAACAUCCGCCAUUGUUGAUGUUGUGUUUGUGUUUGCCGCUGCUGUGCUAACGUUGCUAGGCCUCAGUGGCCUCAGACUCAGCACUGUGAUGGCUCUCUAGCCGAUGGAAAGGCAAACCGGUUCUUAGAAGGAUCGCCAGUGGAACAAACUUUGAACCAGCACCAGUGCUAGCUCUGAACCUGGUUCUUUUUGGUGGAAAAGGGGUAUGUGACAUUUGGCAGAUGCCCUCAUCCAGAGCAACUUACAUUUUUAUCUCAUUUUAAACAAUUGAGAAAUUGAGGGAUAAAGACCUGCUUAGGGGCCCAGCAGUGGUAGCUUGGUGUACCUUGACGACUGUGUCUUCACUGACAUCUUAACACUGAUGUGUAUGGGGAGCGAAGGCUACCCCAUCUGGUCCCAACUGACAGAAGAGAUACUGUUGCACAAUCUGCUGAAAAAGUGAUGGUGGUUUAUGGCAGUGUCCUCUUUCAGCAGGAUGCUGCUGCCUGACACACUGCAGAAAUGGUUCAGGAACAGAGUGAGGAACAUGACAAAGAGCUCAAGGACCUUCUGCUGACGUCUUGGUAACAGAAACCACAGCACAUCUUUAGAGGAUCGUUUUUUGAAGCGCAAGAGAGACUUGGUACAAUAUUAUGCAGGGGGUUUUAAUGGUAUGGCUAAUCGGUGUGUAUAUGCAGGCUAAAUUUGCAGAAGCAAAAUGUGUGAAAGUGCAGAAGUUAUGCAACCGGGUUGCAUGCUGGAAUAUACCAUUUCUAUUUUGGGAUUUAACAUUACUGACUUGUGGCCAUUUUCUGGAUCGUUUUCGCUUUUUUUUCCCAAAGAAUAUCAUGUAUUUAGUCUGUGUAUACAUACAGUGCUCAGCCAGCAUAAAUGAGUACACCCCGACAGAUUUCUCAGAAAAACCUCCAUCUUGCUUUAAAAUGAAUACUUUCUGUGGAAUUCUAUGCAAUGAGAUAUUUGUGCAAAUCUGGUUAAUUUGUUUUAAAUGAGAUUAGUCAGUACCAACGGCAAAAUUGGAACUAUUUAAACAAAAUAGUUUGAUCACGGUGCAUAAAUGAGUGCACCCCAAUGUGUGUGUUAUUAGAAAGCAUAAAAUUAUUUUGUAAUCAACAGGAAUUCACCAGCAGAUGAGCCUAAUCUAUCAACACACAGGUGGCCACAGAAUAAUUGACAAUACAGAUGACAAUGUGGUAUUUAAGAGAGAAAACCCACUGCCGUAUAAUGUCGAAAAUGGCAGCACACGGACAAGAAAUGUCACAAUACCUGAGAAAGAAAAUCAUUUCUUUGCACAAAAAAAGUCAAGGCUACAAGCAAAUUAGUAAAGCAUUAUUAAUAAGCAAAAGUAUAAGAAUACUGUCGUAAACAUUUAAAAAAGGAUGGACUUGUGGGAAGCUCCCUGAGACACCCAGGCCUUCCCUAAAUGUUAACACCUUGUCAAGACCGUUUAGUGAUGAGAGAAGUUGAAGAAAAUCGCAGUGUAAAUUCAGCACAGUUGGCUAAAUCAUUAGAAAUUCAAACCGGGGUGAGUGUUUCCUGUGAUACAAUACGAUGCAAACUACAGAGGAGUGACAUGCAUGGCUGUCGUCCACGAAGGAAGCCAAAGCUGAAGCCCAUGCACAAAAAAAGCACGUCUAGAAUUUACCAGGGCUCAUGUUUAUAAAGGGAAAGACUCUAUACAACUUUUUAGCAAUAUUUCUAAGAUGAAAGAAGGCUGUUUUUGUAGUAUGGGCGAUAUGAUUUUCAAAAGACAAGUUGCUGUCUAAUAUAACACCCAGGUCUUUCACUGUCGAGCUACUAGUAACAGUACAUCCCUCUAAAUGGAAGUUGAAGUGCGAGAGUUUCUGUGUACUGGUUUUUAAACCGAUAAGUAGUAUUUCUGUCUUAUCAGAGUUUAACAACCGAAAAUUGCAGGUCAUCCAAUCUUUUAUCUCUUUAACGCACUCAGUUAAUUUGGACAUUUCAAUGUAAUCAUUUCUGCAACACCUUAUUUGAAUUAAGCGUAUUAUUUUUCUUAUUCUAAAGAUGUUAGGUGACCACAUGCUUAUGUUAAUAAAAAUGAAAUGUUUAAUAAAACUUUUGUAAAAAAUGGAGCAAAAUACAUAUUCACUUAGAAUUUAAUAAUCUUAAUUUUCAAAGGGGGUGUACUCAUUUAUGCUGAGCACUGUAUAUGAUAUAUAUGAUAUAUUUCUCGACCUUAUCGACGCUUUUCAAAACAGUGUGAAAUUUCAAGGUGUCAGAUAUUGCUACUGUAUAUUCUACAAAAUGUAGGCAUUCACCGCCGCCAGGUCCAGCAUAUUGUUCAUUUGGUCCAACACGUCUACACCACACUGUAAAAGCAGAGAGAGAGAGAGAGAGUCAUGAGUAUAUGUGCUUUUUACUAUAGGCCUGUAUAGUACACAUCAGAAAACAUUGUAGCACUGGUGUAAAAUUAUACACACAUUCACUUACCUUCAUGUGGUUAUAAUCUGUUAUCGUAUUAGGUUUCCUCUUUCUGCCGUCACCGAUCGUCACGUCUUGGUGCAUGGAACUUAGAACACACACAGUCUUGUUUUUUUUAGGUGCAUAAAUCGUCAAGGAGACACUGCCACUUCUAAGCACUGAAGUGGAGAAUACCUCUCGCUGUGCAGUGUCUUUUGCAAGUUGAGGAAGUUCACGCCAGACUUUAUUCACCGUGCCCAGUAGCGUUGUUUUGCGCUGCAGCAGUCUGUGGGACAGUGACAGUGAAUUAAAGAAAUUGUCCGUCGUGACGUUUCUCCCAUCAUCCAAAAAUGGCUCCAUCAGAUUCAUGACCAUGCUCUCUGCCAGCCUCUCUCCCUUCUGACGACUGGGGUCCUUUCCCAAGUAAGGAGAUGCAUUGCAGACAUAUUUGGUCUCCAAAUCCGUGGCCAUCCAGAACUUGAUCCCAAAUUUGUCUGGCUUGGUUGCGAUAUACUGUGUGAAUGGACAACAAACCUUGGUAAGGAACAGCUGUUCAUCUAUGUGUUCUCCUGGAGUGAAACUCUCAGCACAGUUCUUGAAGCGUGUCCAGAUGACGGAGAUCGCAGCAAAUUUGUCUGUUUUCACCCGUUCUGCCAGCGUGUCCUUGUCAUCAAAUCGAAGGUGUUGCAUAAUUGAAAUGAAUCUCGGGGCAUUGUCUCUUUGAUUACUGGCACCAGAAAGCUUUCUGACCAGCAAUCCACAAUGGCACCAACGGGACACAUGAUUGCUCUUACAAACAGAAUGAAUGCCAUCAGUUCAUGAAUUGCCAAAUUCCAGUCCGGCUCUGUUCUGCGGGCAUGAUGGACCGUGCACUCCCUGAUGGUCUGCAGCAUUCCCACGUCUAACAGGCACGCUUUGGAGCACGCUUGUAAUUUUACGCUGUCAGAAGAUAAACAAAUAGAGAAUGGUAAAUUUACAUGAACCUCACUCUAAAUGGGUUUAUAUAAAUAUCAUAUGUACUAUGGCAAUAACAAACCUUAGCAGACUCUGUGGGUCCAGCUUGCGCAGUGAAGCACGAGCGAUCUGCUACUGCACUGGGCAUUCCAAUGUCCUCCUCUACCCACACAGUGCCGUCUUUUGCCGUCUGGCUCAGACAGGGCUUCCCAGUACCACGGUGCAUCUUCCGUGGAGGCAUAUUGGGUUCUUGUUCCGUCUCCUUUUCGGAUUCUUCUGAGGAGGUGUCGGUGGCCUGCUGGACAAAUGAAACCUCUCCUCCAUCAGAGUCUGCUUCGUCCAUUUCCUGAAGCCAGGCCAAAGCCUGUUGCGCGGAGAGGUUCUACCUGCGUGGCAGUGAUACGGAGGCCAUCCUGAUGUGCGUUCUCAAAAAUGCGAAGAAGAAAUGAUUCUCCCGCCUGGGUCGGUCUGCUUUUAUGCACAGCACUGUGCUGCAGUCAUGCAAUGACACUCCCUUACAUACACAUGUCUGUACCUUUGAGAGUCACAAACUGCUGGAACCAAAUUCCUUGUGUGUCAACACACUUGGCCAAUAAAUCUGAUUCUGAUUCUGAUUGGAGACUGAAGUGUUAGCAAGUUUUCAUUUUAUUCAUGUCAUUGUAUUAGCAACUUUUCAUUCUGUUUUCACACAAUUUUUUAGACAUAAAACAGACUAUUUUAUAUAGAUACGGCAGGCAUUUCUGAAGGUUUCCAUGUCACACACAGAGGUUUGGCCUGCCUUGGAUCUGAGCUACUCUGAGUAAACAAAUGCAAAUGUGCCAGGCCUCAGGUUUUUGCACAACAAAAGCAGGAGGAGAAUCGAGCUGAAGAACUGUGAAAAUCUCAACGGGGGGAAUCACACCUCGGGACUUGCACCAGAAAAUAAAAAGGUCAGUACAGUGAUGCCUCGAGAUACGAGUGCUUUGACAUACAAAUUUUUUGAGAUACGAGCUGUGAUUCGACCAAAUUUCUGGCUUGAGAUACGAGCAAAUUUUUGAGAUACGAGCAUCCGAGCCACCCCCGCCGAAACAAAGAUCCCCAACAACCACGUGUGCUCUGUUUCCCCCGCCUCAGCUUCCUGCGUCUCACUCGGUUAAAGCCGCCUUUCCACUGCACACGACAAACGACGGUCGAUAAAACGGAAGUCAUUCAUUUCCUAUGGAGAAUCGCAAAGGGGCUGCGUGAGGUGCCGACCAUCUGCGGGUCCGUAAUUUUUGGAUCCGUUUUAAGCGUUGGAUCCGUUAAAAAAUUUAACUUGUGCGACUACACCGACCGGACAGGUUUUUAUUAAAACGACCGGCAAAUGUUAGUGAGGAAAGAGUGACAAAAAAGGCAAAAACAAGUGAAGAGAAAAGCGAUGAAGAAAAUUAAGCAAAAUUAAUGUAAAGAAAACAGAAAUUGUAGCAAUUAAGUUCAGUUAAGAGAAUUUCGGUUCUGUCAGGACCACUUUGUCAAAAGAGAAUUUAUUAGAUGAUAUGCAUACAGUUAGUGUUGGCGGCAUUAAUCAUAGUGUUAUUAAUCAUAGUGUUAUUAAUCAUAUGCAUUAAUCAGUUAGUGUUGACAACCACUAAUCAUGCAUAGUAUUAGAUAUGCUCGCUUACGCGUUUUUGGAAAGUAAUAAAUGAAUGAAUUGAUAAAUAAAUAAUUAAAUAAUUAGAGAGAGAGGGAGAGAGAGAGAAAAAUAUGUGGAGAUUUAUGACGUAAACUGGUACAAGGAACACAGGUUCCGGCAUGGUGGAGUCGGGGUUGGAGGAGGGAGUUUAGAUCGCGGCAGCAGCGAAGCGCUAGAAAGCAGCUCUAUGAAUGGGAAUUUAAAUGGUCGGGUAAUAUGGAUGUCGUAACCGGAUUGGUGCGCGUCGUGGACAGCUGAUUAACAGCUGAUGCACGCUUGACGACGUGGCCUGCCAGAACUAACGCAAUGCUUGAUUUAAGUUCGUUAAUUUUAGUGAAGUUUUGUUAAGUUCCAUUUAAGUGUAAAGUAGCAUUAAGAGUGUACAGUAGCGAGUAAGUGAACGAAAGCGAGGGUACAUACGAGACAAAAUUCCUCCUGUUUACUCCUCCCUCAACCUCCGUGCGCAUCUUCCGUAAAUUAAAACCAGUUGUUUUUUUUUAACAUUCUCUUUUAUUACUGUAUGUUUUUAUACAAUAUUUGUCAUUUAUAAAUACAGGUACUGAACAUUUUUCAUAUUCAAAACACAUAAACAAAACAACUGGAGUGGAAUUUUGCGAGCUGGAACGGAUUAAUCGGAUUUCAAUUCAUUUAAACGGGGAAAAUUGCUUUGAGAUACGAGCAAUUUGAGAUACGAGCAAUGUCACGGAACGAAUUAAACUCGUAUCUCGAGGAAUCACUGUAAUUCUAGUGUUAAUGAAUCUUCAGUUAGUGUGUGAUUAGAUCAGUGAGUUUCUUUUGUCCUGUCAGCAUUAUUGCAAAAUCUUGUUCUCUAACUGCACUGUUUCUAUUUUUCAGGGAGAAUAUGAUGAUGUGGAUCUGAUUCCCAGUUAAUAUGAGGCUAUUGUCCCUGCUAUUUGUUUAUUUAUUGGUUCUUGACUCUGAAGGUGCUGUGCCAGCACCAGUAAACGCUCAUGUCGUGUCAAACAACUUCAUCCACAUCUUGCACUGGAGUCCAGGAAAAGGGACACAACCUGGAACAGUCUACAAAGUGAAAGUUGGUAAUAAUCUGUUACCCAACAUCAGCGUUACAUCAAUUAACAUCUCUGAAUACAUGAAAGAAAAAUACAAAACAUAUACGAUCUGGCUUUCAGCGUCAUUUGGGACAAGCUCAUCGUCCAAAGUUCAAAUCAAUUUUAUUCCAUACACAAGCACCAUUAUUGGGCCUCCCAUAUUAUCUCUGUCUGGCUGUGGUAACUGCCUGAAUAUCAGCAUUGAUCUACCAAAUCGCCAAAGUUCCUCUGACUUUUACAACGCUAUACGUUUUGAUAUACACUGGGGGAAAGUCAAAGAUGAGAAGGAUGACUGCCACAAUCAAAUGACCAAUUUCCAGAGUAAAAAGUUGGUGCCGUAUUCGUACACUCUUGCUAAUCUCCAGCCGGGUGAGCGCUACUGUGUGCAAGCCCAGCCGAAGAUCAGCAGCUUACCUGAACAUAAGCAACUGAACUCCUGCGCCUGUGAAUUCACCAGUCCAACAGAGCCCCAAGGGGGGGCGUUCCUGACUGCUUGUGUUGCCAGCUCUGUACUGGUGGGAUUGAGUUUUCUGACUUUCAUGUUCUUCCUGGUCUACACUGGCUUUCUGUGCAAGCCCAACAUCAGACUUCCCAAAGCACUGAUUCUUGUUCCUGGCUACUUCCUGUCCCCAGAGGAGCCGUUUAUAUCAGUGGCUGAAUUAGAGAACAACAUACAGAUACAGAAGCCUGAAGAUCAUCAGCACAAGAAAAAGAAAAAAGGAAAAGAUCUCCACAAGCAGAACGAUGAUGAUGGUGAUGACGAUGAUGUAGAUGAGGAUGAUGACGAUGAGGACGAAGAGAGCAACCAUGGCUACAUGGACCGAGGGGUUCCCAGCGAGUCAGAGAGCACUUACAAAGAGAGAAAAGCGUCUGAUUGUGAAGCUGCAGAGAAUCCGAAAGGAUGCAGCUUGGAGGAAGCUCUCACACACACCCCAGACACUUUAAUGCUCUCAAAGGUUCAGUACAAAGGGGUCAAAACUUAUAGCCUAGGAGCUUCACUUGAUCCAGCUAUGAAAGCCUUAAUUCCUCCCAGUGCAAAAGGAGGAAAAAAAUUAGGAGAAGAAAUGAAGAAAAUAGAAGAGGAAGAGAAAGACUAUGGGAAUGUUAACCUGUGGUCCGUGGUGUUGAAGUCCAUACAACCGGAGGAAGAGGAGGCGAAAGAACCGAAUGAUGUCAAAGAGCCUCUGGUACCUUUAUUACUUAAAGAAUUAGGAGAACAUCUGCAGACAGGAAGUUCUUCAGAACUUCACACUGCUCUUUUAUGUCACACACGAACAGAAGCACAGAGCAGUCAAGAAGAGGAACUUGAUGACAUUUCUGAUGCGAGUGUGUGUGACCACACGCAAACAGGAUACAUGGCAUCACACACAGGUGCAAUAGACACAGAAUACUGUUCAUUUGAGGACAAAGAGGAGGAUUGCACAUCAGGCUACAUGACCAGAUCUGUUAUGGAUCAUGUUUACACACUGCUCAUGCUGGUUCUACCGUGUUCAGUGUUGUGUGGUGUCCCUGCACCUGAAAACAUCACCGUGGAUUCAAAAAACUUCGUUCACCUGCUCAAGUGGGAGGCUGGACCUGGUUCUCCUGCAGGUCUACAUUACAGCGUCAUCUUCAGAUCCUAUAGAAAUGGCUGGAUGACAGUGGACAGCUGUGUAGAAGUUCGUUCCCCGUUGCUCUGUAACCUAACGGAUGUUUUGUCUGAUCCAAAUGAGAUAUACUACAUCAACGUUACAGCCUUUUUAGGGAAGGAGACAUCGGCACCUCAAACCUGUCGUCCAUUUAGACCAGUCUCUGACACUGAGCUGGAGCCUCCGUCAAUGCGAAUGUCACCAUGUAAUAACUCCCUGUGCGUGUACCUUCAGUCUCCAUCUCAGAGACUCGAGGAGGUUUAUAGGAAAUUCCGUUACAACAUUAGUGUAACGAAUGAAAAACGAGUUCAGUUGUUCCCAAGAAUCAUCAAUCUGUUGGACACUCUAGAGCUAAAAGUGGUGCCGGGGCUGCAGUACUGUGUGUCCAUUGUGUCCAUUGUGACCAUUUUCGGAGGUCGAAAACCUGCUCAUAAAACACCCGUCUGUUCUUCUAAACCCGCAGCAGUGAAUAACAUGGAUGCAGAGAUCUCUGUGGGUGUCACCGUGCUGGUGCUGGGGUCUGUGGUUAUUUUUGUUCUGGUCACUUUUCGAAGGCACUUGAAAACCGAUCCACCGUUAGUUCUGAGUUCAUUUAAUGCCCCGUAUAAAGUGCAGCUUUUUAGGCCCUCUGUGGAGUCUCUGACAAGCUGUUCACUGGAGUCCAACACAUGCAAAAAUGUUCAGGUCACUGAAGAGGCGGACCAAGAGAAAGAGGACGAAGAGGUGACAUAUGAGAGAUUAAGGGGUUGUGAAGAUGGUGAGUGUUGUGAAGAAAUCUCAAAAGAAACAAAGUCUUCUCUUCCAAUGAUCCCAGAGGUCAAGUUCAAGUGUAACCAUAAGACAUGCACUAAAACAUACUCAGAUGGAAACGUUUUGAAAGAGCAGACAUUAGCACCAGACGAGAUCAGACCUCAAUGGGAGGUGAUAUCUCCCCAACCUGCAAGUCAGAUCCUCACAACACACCACUUACCCCUAAAAAAACAAAUCUCUGAGCACAAAAAGAACAAUUCAAUCUUACUCAGGUAUAAGACAGAAGAUGGACACAGACAGGAGAAGGAGGAAAAGGAGGAUAGUGACAAUGUGAAUUUCUUUUCCCUGAUCUUGGGAAGCCAACAUUUAGAACAACGAGACAAGGCAGAGGAAGAAGAACAGAUGGACGAUGUGAUAAAAGUGAAGCCAGAGGUACCUUUAUUUGUGUUGGAGCCAUCAAAACCUGCCAUGGACCUCCAGCCUACUACGUCUUCUGAGAGCACAGACAAACACAUUUCAUACUCUGAUGAGGAGGAAGACGAGGAUACAGAGGAUGAGGAAGCUUUCUCUGGAUAUAUGAUGCGGAGUUAGGAGCAGCCUCCUGCCUGACAACAUGUCAAUGCUUGUUUAAGAAAGUAAUAGUAAAUAAUAAUCUCUAAUAAUAGUAAAGAGUCAAGAGACAUUUUAUUGUCAUUUCAACCAUAUCUAGCUGGUGCAGUACAUAAUGAAAUGAACCAGCGUUUCUCCAGGACCCUGGUGCUACAUGAAUACACAAACCUACAACAAACAACACAGAACUAAGUACAUUAACUCAGUUUUAUAAAAUGUUUGUAAAAGGCUAACUGCAUUCCAGGCUACCAGUUGCAUCAAAUGCAUGAGACGCUACUGCUGGAUGUAAACCACCAGUUCAUAUUCACAGACACUUAAUUGGAGAUGGUACAGUGCUGUUCAUUAACCAUUCAUCUUCAGUAAGUGCCUUUUCCUGGUUGGGGAUACAAAACUUUUUUGUAUUAAUAGACUCAUCUUAUGAUUAUUCUCCGUUCAAGGACAAAAAAACAAUUACAAAAGAUGCAGCCUUACGAUAAAUUUGAUCAACUCCUUGAUGUACAGUGGGUUCAGAGUGCACUAAGACUUCCCUCUUUAUUGGGUUAUAGAUUUCAUUUAAAAUGCAUUGACCUGACCAUUUCUGGUCAUCAAGCUACACACAAACUUUUUUUUUUUUUCUUUUUUUAGAAAUUUUUACAAAUGUGCAAGGCCUUUAACCCUUAAUUGCAUAAAAAGGUGAUAAAAAUGUCACUCUGGAUACGGGUGUCUGGCAAAUGCCAUAAAUGGAAUGGAAAUGGUAUGCUUUAGUCACUUUGGUGUUAAGGUUAGAGCCUCUACCCCAGUCUGUGGCCUUGUGUAUUCUUGAAGCAGGACCAUUUUGUGUCUGGGUUUUAUUCAUCCUUUCUUGAAUACUAAUCAGUCUCCCUGUUUGUACCGCUGAGACCUACCCCACAGCCUGAUGCCACCACCACCAUGUUUACAAAAUGGAUUUUAUAUUCACCUGAGCUUACUCUGGAGUGCCUUAAGCCAAGGGUCUGAAUCUAAGAGAGUCUUUGAUUUUUAAUAAGUUUGACCAUAAAAAGUAAAUAUGUCAAGGAGCUUUCACUGACCAAGCUAGAGCUUCAAAGCACUUAUUGACGUGUUGCUAUAAAAGUUGUCCCCACUUUUCAUACAGUAUUUUGCCUAGCGUUUCUACUUCAGUAUAUUUUAAUUCUUGCUUUCUUUGCUGUCAGUUUUGUUUAUUGAACAUUCUAUUUUGCUGAGUAUGUGUUCACUGGUGCUAGGUCACUUAAAGGUCGGGUCUCCGAAAUGCUUCAGAAAACUGCGUUGGGCCGACAAACAAAACAAAAACAAAACUAACCUGUAGCCAAUGAGCAGAAAGGGGCGGGUCUUCUUGUCAACAACCACGUUUUGCUAGUAACAAUGUUUAGCUCAGGAGUUAUUGACUCGGGAAACUCCAAUCUGUGAAUAUUCUGCCAACUUUACUUAAGACGCCGAAGCGCUUUUUUCCUUCUCGAUAGGUGAGUAACGUUGGUUUUGCUUUGUUACACAGAACUAAUAUAUGCCUUUGUCCUUUACAUGAUUAUGCUUGUGUGUCAUUUUUGCUUUUUGUUUGAUUAUCUGCAAUCGUAUUGUUCUUCCCUUCAGCUAUGAUAAAGACACAUUUCUUUCCAUUAGUUGCCUGGGUUAUGUAUGUAUGUGUGGGCGGAGCUAUCAAUACAGGGGUGGGACCCAUUUGGGUUAGGGGCGUGUUUGUUUUGGUUAUUUCAAAUGUCAACAUUGGCUUUCAAACAACAGAGACCAUACCUUUAAUAAUAGCAGUACCUCAUUUUAGUUUCACAGCACUCUUUCACUCUACGCUCAGUCUGGUCUCUUUUGUGUUAUAAUCUAAGAUGGAUGGACAACAAAAGAUGACCAUUUUUUUCCCUUACUAUGUAGCUCAUAAAUAACAGAAUUCCAAGUUCUAUCGAAUGCAGUCAUUUUUAAUCGUCUUUGUUCUCUGGUAGUUUAAUGUAUUUAACAUUUCAAUUAUAAAAAAAAUUGCAGAGUUUAACAGUAAUUCAUAUUCAUUUCAUGAAAUAUUACAUUUCACAGUAAUCCUAGUAUAGAGUAUGUGCCAAGACGUUAUCCAGCAUAUUUUGGUAUAUAAUCAUAUAUAUGAUUUUUUUUUUUAAAUUAUUUAUUUUUAUAUUUUUUUCCAUUAAGCUGCCUGGAUCAUGUUCAGUAUUGACCAUGAUGUUGAUUUGUAACUCUGUGUUAAAUAGAAAAGCUGUUGGUUUCAUUUCAUGAUAUGGUUUACACUUCCUCAGAAGCAUAGAUUUAUGACUAGCUGGAUCAGUAUCAUUUUGUAGCCAGGAUCUCAAGCUGUUUUGUAAGUCGAAGCACAGAUAUAGUUUGAUGUACAGAAGAUAAUUGUUGACAUUGUCUUAGAAUUUCACAUAAGCCUGCUUGCCAGUAUGCUCAUGUUCAUUUUUUUUUUAAUACUGAAGUGAUGAAUUGUUGGUUCAGUAUAUUUGGAAUAAACUGGUUAUUUUUUUACAGUA